AGGCGCUGGGAGCCAGUCGGGCUGCGAGUGUGCAGAGGUGACUGGCGAGCUCUGACUCCUCUCCGGGAGGAGCGCGUUCCCCAGCUCCACUCUCAUCGCCUGCCAGGGAGCCCCGGGGAGAUGGCGAGAUGAGAAUGCACAGGGGGGACCCUUCACCCUUCUCUCCGACUGGACCUGUGGACAAACUCCGGACAAACCAUGAGGAAGAGCCUCUUCCCCGUCCCGACUAGCAUUGCUUUGUCUGUGAUUUAAAUCUUUCCCCCCUGCCACAAGGGGCCAUGGAGCAGCAAUACCUUUCCAAACUCCAUCCGACAGUGGAUUACGGAGCAGGCGUGUUUCUUCUGAUCAUAGCGAUCCUGACGAUUCUGGGGAAUUCAGCAGUCCUUGCUGCGGCAGUGAAGCGCUCUUCCCAUCUCAAGUCACCUGAGCUGCUUAUAAUAAAUUUAGCCGUGACGGAUCUGGGAAUGGCCAUCAGCAUGUACCCGCUGGCUAUCGCCUCCGCAUGGAACCAUGCCUGGCUGGGAGGAGAUGUGUCCUGUAUCUACUAUGCCCUGAUGGGUUUCCUCUUCGGUGUCUCCAGCAUGAUGACCUUGUGCAUGAUGGCUGUGAUCCGGUUCCUUGUAACCAGUUCAUCCACAUCUAAUAGCAAUACUAUCAACAAGAAGGCCGUUCGCAUUUCGAUUGUGUUCAUCUGGCUCUGCUCACUGCUCUGGGCCAUCCUGCCUUUGCUGGGUUGGGGUUAUUAUGGCCCCGAACCGUUUGGCAUCUCCUGCACGAUAGCAUGGAGCGAAUUCCACAACUCCUCCAACGGCUUCUCUUUUAUCCUGAGCAUGUUCGUUCUGUGCACACUCCUACCUGCAUUGACCAUCCUCAGCUGUUACCUGGGCAUCGCGUGGAAGGUUCACAAAACGUACCAGGAGAUACAGAACUUUGACAGGAUCCCGAACGCGGCAAAGAUGGAGAGGAGGCUGACACUGAUGGCUGUGCUUGUCAGCAUCGGAUUCCUUGGUGCCUGGAUGCCGUACGCAGCAGUCAGCUUCUGGUCCAUCUUCAACUCCAGCAGCUCCCUACAUCCUGUCCUUACGCUAUUGCCCUGUCUGUUUGCUAAGUCGUCAACGGCUUAUAACCCUUUCAUCUACUACGUCUUCAGCAAAACUUUCCGGCGUGAAAUUAAGCAAAUGAAGUGCUGCUCUAGCUGGCGAGUUCACUUCUUUAACACGGAGAACUCCAUCGAAAGCCCCAUGUCGAUGGUGUGGCUGGCGAGAGAAAACAUGCGAGCUUGUCCAGCCGCAAAGGCAAACAACCAGGAGGCCUCAAGCCAAUGAGCAGCAGAGCUGGCUUUACUAACACAGCGGAAAAGCCUACUUCAUCCUGUAUGAUAGGGAAUCAGCACUUGGAGGGCUGUCAUGUAUGUUAAAAUAAAUUGCCACUGUGAAUCACGUGAAAUAUUGUAAGGAACCAUGAUUUCUUUUUUUAACGUUAAGCACCUCGGGAAGAGGGGGUUUUUGAAAGACAUUUACUUUAUGAAAAUUCCAAUCUCAGUGGCUUCCUCCCUGCCCUAAACCAAAUCAAACUUGCUUCAGCUUAACUACUGCAGAGGAAUAAGAACUACGUUUGAAAAACAAUUGACUGGUUUUUAUUUUUUUCCCUAUGUCUUGACUUGAUGCUGGAAUCUCUGUGCUGCUCGUGACUGUGCCUCAAGAGGAAACAUCUGAGAAUACUGGAAGUUGAUCCCACUCAAAUGAGAGGCCUUUAAGCAAAGGAGGGCGAGAACAUGCCACUUCCUCAGCUAGGUCCACCGACAAUGGGGAGGGGGUGCAAAAGCGGUAAUUGCCCCAGGGCUGGGUGAAUCAAAGGGGCCUAAGGCUCUGGCCACCACCACAGCAACAGUAAUGGUGGCUGAGCCCCAAGCCUGUUUAAAUUGGUGUUGGAGCAACAGGCCACAUGCUCCAAGCAGCAUUAAGGACUGGAAAGGGGAGGAGCGCACCAGGCUCCCAGCAGUGCUGAGGGCCAGCUGCCCUCAGCCCUGCCCCUGCUGCCCUCAGCCCCACCCCUUCCAAGAUCACAGAGCCAGGUCCUCUCCCCACGUUGCCAAGGAGUCUAUGGAGGCUGUCGGCUCUGCUGUCCAAGGUUCCCUCUAAGCUGCGCGGCAGAACGGCCCCACAGCCGCUUAAUAAGCCCUAUCCAGGGGCUCAGGGCUCUUCACAUGGAGCUGCCUGGCUGGGGGAUGGAUACGUCUCCCUCAGGGAUAGCAGCAGCUCCCUGCUGAGGACGGAGCAUCGAGUCUCUCCUAGCCGCAGAGCAGGCUUGAUUCUCUGCUAAGUGUAGUGUAAAUUGGGAGUGAUUUCAUUGGAGUCAAUGGCUCUACUCAGAGGAGUCUCAGGCCCCUGUGGGCAGGCCUGCUGACAGGACGGGGGCAAAAGGGACAACUGCCCUGGGGCUUCAAAAGGGCCCAGUUCUCUCAGCAGAGCUUGGAGCCCCCUACCCUUUAAAUCGCAGCUGGAGCCCAGAAGUCUACAUAGCAAUGAAACAGCCUCACAGCGCAAGCCCCUUGAGCCAGAGUCGGCUCCGAUGGUUUUUCUUUGCUGUGUAGACAUAGCCUCAGAUGAACACGAUUUCUUGGGGGAAGAGUCAACUUGGCUUUUAUCAAAGGAAACCAUUAGGAUUCAGCAAAUAUGUAGAUAAGGAUGAUCCACUGGAUACAGUAAUUCCUCAUUUAACAUGUGCCCACUUAUCACGUUUUCACGAUAGCAUGAUUUUU